GGUCAUUAUUGGAUCGGAUCCGGCGAAUACGAAAUGUUGAGAAGGUAACUUUCAGGUGGGCCGGCCACAGAGCUCAGCGGCCCCACGUAAUUGAUGACGUGGUUAUGAAAGCAAUGACCAUUGAAGCGGUAGUCGGCUGGUCGCAUCUACCAGUAACCACCGACUUACUUCACUCUCUACACUCUACCAAAGAAGAUGAAGCAGAAAACUUGGCCUGGUCGCCAAUACCGUCAAUCAACCUUUAAAUUCUGGUUAUCAUCAGAAGCAGAUUUUCGGCAAUUAAGAUCAUCCGAUGGUGAUUUCUCGACACUUCCCUCCGAUAUUUUGACCAAAAUAGCGGCAUCGUUCACACUGCCUCAUCUGCAAACAGCGUCUUUGGUGUGCAAGUCAUGGAGCGAAGGGCUUCGGCCAUUGAGAGAAGCCUUGUUGUUCCUAAAAUGGGGAAAGCGGUUCAAGCAUGGCCGGGGAGGUGUGCGACCUAAUUUGGACAAGGCUCUCGACUCCUUUUUAAAAGGCGCGGUUCGUGGGUCCACCCUCGCCAUGGUUGAUGCUGGUCUUCUUUACUGGGAAAUUGGUAAAAAAGACAAGGCAAUUGCCCUUUAUAAAAAGGCUGCAGUGCUUGGAGACCCUUCUGGACAGUGUAAUCUUGGACUUUCUUACUUGCAAGCCGAACCUUCAAAACGAAAGGAAGCAGUGAAAUGGUUGUUUCAGGCUUCCAAAUCUGGUCAUGUUCGUGCUCAAUACCAACUCGCACUUUGUUUGCAUCAAGGUUGUGGAUUUGAUCGUCAUCUACACGAGGCUGCUAGAUGGUAUCUAAAAGCGGCUGAAGGUGGAUAUGUGCGUGCAAUGUACCGUGUUGCUUUGUGUUACUCAGUUGGGGAAGGUUUGGCUCAGAGUCAUCGCCAAGCAAGGAAAUGGAUGAAGCGGGCAGCCGAUCGUGGUCAUAGCAAAGCUCAGUAUGAGCAUGGACUUGGACUCUUUUCGGAAGGAGAGAAGUUGAAAGCUGUAGUUUACCUGGAACUUGCCACUCAUGCUGGUGAAACAGCUGCUGUUCAUGUCAAGAAUGUGAUUUUACAACAACUACCAGCAACUUCACGUGAUCAUGUCAUGAACCUUGCUAAUAAUUGGCGUGCUUUGCCUUCUCUCUGAGAUAGUCAUAAGGUUUGUAAAUCUUUGAAUAGUAGUUUUUCCAAUUAACUUGCAUACGUAAACAUAUCCUUCUGUCCUUAAUCAUGAAAUGUCUUUCUAUUUGUAUCAUUUACCCCACAAGAAUAUAUUUCUUGGCUGUUGACCACUGUAUUUGAGACUUUGGAUACUUGCAUGUCAAUACUCUCUAAUUCUACAGGAAUAAUAAACUAACAAGAUUGUAUCUCGA